UUCUGAGCUACUAUUCAUGGAUGGGGCAAUGUGUGAGAGUGGAAUGGAUAUCUAGUAAUCGGUUCCGUUACCAUAGCAACGAGAUAACGCCACCUAGGAGCACGGGCCCAUGUGGGCCAGGCAUCCCUAGGUAGCCUGCAGGCACCACAUCAAGCAUCAGCAAAAAGACACUGUCUAGCUGCUGCUGACAUCCUGGGACAGAGCAGCUGAUACGACAGCACAAUGAACAGGAAAAAAGGAGAAAAGGGAUUUGAGAGCCCUCGGCCUUAUAAAUUAACACACCAGGUUGUCUGCAUCAAUAAUAUCAACUUCCAAAGAAAAUCUGUAAUAGGUUUUGUUGAAUUAACAAUAAUACCCACUGUUGCCAACCUGAACAGAAUCAAACUGAACAGCAAACAAUGCAGAAUAUACAGAGUUAGAGUGAACGAACUAGAAGCUGCUUUUAUUUACAACGACCCAACACUGGAAGUUUGUCACCAUGAGUCCAAGCAGAGGAAUCUCAACUACUUCUCCAAUGCAUAUGCAGCUGCAGUCAGUGCAGUAGAUCCAGAUGCAGGAAAUGGGGAACUUUGCAUCAAAGUCCCAUCAGAAUUAUGGAAGCAUAUUGAUGAGCUAAAGGUCCUGAAGGUGUACAUUGAAUUCUCCCUGGACCAACCAAUGGGUGGUCUCCAUUUUGUGGUACCCAAUGUGGAAGGCAGUAUGGCGGAGAGAGGUGCUCAUGUGUUUUCCUAUGGAUAUCAGAAUUCCACUAGGUUCUGGUUUCCAUGUGUUGAUUCUUAUUCUGAGCUGUGCACGUGGAAGCUGGAGUUUACAGUGGAUGCAUCCAUGGUGGCCGUUUCAAAUGGAGAUCUUAUAGAAACUGUUUACACCCACGACAUGAGGAAGAAAACCUUCCAUUAUACGCUUGCCAUCCCAACUGCCUCCCCUAACAUUUCUCUUGCCAUUGGUCCCUUUGAGAUCCUUGUUGAUCCGUACAUGCAUGAGGUGACCCAUUUUUGUUUACCACAGCUGCUACCACUUCUAAAACAUACUACUUCCUACCUCCACGAAGUGUUUGAAUUCUAUGAAGAAAUUCUCACCUGUCGAUAUCCAUAUUCUUGCUUUAAAACAGUCUUUGUAGAUGAAGCUUAUGUUGAAGUAUCAGCUUAUGCGUCUAUGAGUAUUUUCAGCACAAAUCUUCUGCACAGUUCAAUGAUUAUUGAUCAGACACCACUCACAAGAAGAUGUUUGGCUCAGGCUUUGGCACAGCAGUUUUUUGGCUGCUUUAUUUCAAGAAUGUCCUGGUCUGAUGAGUGGGUUCUGAAAGGGAUCUCUGGCUAUAUUUAUGGUCUGUGGAUGAAGAAGACAUUUGGUGUUAAUCAGUAUCGACACUGGAUCAAAGAAGAACUUGACAUGAUCGUAGCAUAUGAAUUAAAAACAGGUGGCGUUUUACUGCAUCCAAUAUUCUCAGCUGGGAAAGAGAAAGAUAAUCCUGCGUCCCAUCUUCACUUCUCUAUAAAACAUCCUCAUACACUGUCUUGGGAAUAUUACAACAUGUUCCAGUGUAAAGCUCAUCUAGUAAUGCGACUGAUUGAAAACCGGAUCAGUAUGGAGUUCAUGCUUCAAGUUUUCAAUAAGCUUUUAAGCCUGGCCAGCACUGCUUCAUCUCAGAAGUUCCAGUCGCACAUGUGGAGUCAGAUGUUGGUUUCCACAUCUGGCUUUUUGAAGUCCAUCUCCAAUGUCUCUGGAAAAGACAUCCAACCUUUAAUAAAACAGUGGGUAGACCAGAACAGUGUUGUCAAGUUUUAUGGCAGUUUUGCAUUUAACAGAAAAAGAAAUGUUUUGGAGCUGGAAAUAAAACAGGACUACACAUCCCUUGGAACCCAGAAAUAUGUGGGACCACUUAAAGUUACAGUCCAGGAGCUUGAUGGAUCUUUUAACCAUACCCUACAAAUUGAAGAAAACAGCCUUAAACAUGACAUACCCUGCCACUCCAAAAGCAGAAGAAAUAAGAAGAAAAAAAUUCCAUUGAUGAACGGAGAAGAAGUUGAUAUGGAUCUUUCUGCGAUGGACGCUGACUCUCCUUUACUCUGGAUAAGAAUUGAUCCGGACAUGUCAGUGUUGAGGAAGGUAGAGUUUGAACAGGCUGAUUUCAUGUGGCAAUAUCAGCUGCGUUAUGAAAGAGAUGUUGUUGCCCAGGAAGAAUCCAUCCUUGCUCUUGAAAGCUUUCCAACACCUGCAUCAAGACUCGCAUUGACCGACAUCCUGGAACAAGAACAGUGCUUUUAUCAUGUGAGGAUGAUGGCCUGCUUCUGUCUAGCUAAGAUUGCUAACUCUAUGGUGAGCACGUGGACUGGUCCACCAGCUAUGAAAUCUCUCUUCACUCGGAUGUUCUGUUGCAAGAGCUGCCCAAAUAUUGUAAAAACAAACAACUUCAUGAACUUCCAAAGUUAUUUUCUUCAAAAGACUAUGCCAGUGGCAAUGGCUUUGCUGAGAGAUGUUAAUAACUUAUGUCCCAAAGACGUUUUGUCAUUUAUUUUAGACCUCAUUAAGUAUAAUGACAACAGGAAAAAUAAGUUUUCAGAUAAUUACUACCGAGCAGAACUUAUUGAUGCCCUCUCAAAUUCUGUGACACCCGCAGUGAGUGUUAACAAUGAAUCGCGAACACUGGAUAAUCUAAAUGCGGACGUUCGUCUUAUCCUGGAGGAGAUCACUCGCUUUCUAAAUAUGGAAAAACUGCUGCCUAGUUACAGGCAUACUAUAACUGUAAGUUGCUUAAGAGCCAUUCGAGUGCUACAAAAGAAUGGCCAUGUCCCAAGUGAUCCGUCCGUUUUUAAGUCCUAUGCCGAAUGUGGACACUUUGUGGAUGUUCGGGUAGCGGCUUUAGAAGCCGUUGUUGAUUACACAAAAGUGGACAGAAGUUAUGAAGAUUUGCAGUGGUUACUUAGCAUGGCCCAAAAUGAUCCGUUACCGUACAUUAGGCACAAGAUCUUCUACAUGUUGACAAAGAAUCCCCCUUUUACCAAGAACUUGGAGUCCCCUUUGUGUAACGAAGCUCUUGUAGACCAGCUUUGGAAAUUAAUGAAUUCAGGUACUUCUCAUGAUUGGAGACUGCGGUGCGGAGCUGUAGACCUGUAUCACAUUCUCUUUGGCCUCAGCAGACCUUCGUGCUUGCCAUUGCCAGAGCUUGGGUUAGUCCUUAAUUUAAAGGAAAAGAAAGCUGUUCUAAACCCAACCAUUAUCCCAGAGCCAGCUGCAAUUAACCUGGAUCCUUUGCCAAAUGUCAACAUGCACGGACAAGUCACAGGAUUACAAAGCAUGGAGGAAGAAGCUUUUCCCAAAGAAACAGUAUCCAGUUCGUCACAUUUUCAAGGUGUGAAAAGGAAAUCAGAAGCUCCACAUGAGUCACCCCUGGAACCUGGACAGGUACUGGAGAAGAAUGAGGACAGCAGUAAAGUGAAGCUCAAAAUCAGAUUUCCCAACCCUCAGGAAGAAGAGGAAAUUGAUAUGGAUACUGUCCACGACAGUCAAGCUUUUAUAUAUCACCAUUUAAAUAUGUUGGAAAGACCAUCAACACCAGGUAAGGAGCAGUCUUUGGAGAUGCACAUGCUUCCUCUGCCCAUGACCCCCUUAUCGUCAUUUAUUAAGGAAUCCAGUUCUUCUAAGCAUGGGGACCACCAUCAUCAUCACCACCAUGACCAUAAGAAGAAAAAGAAGAAGCACAAACACAAGCACAAGCACAAACAUAAGCACGAAAGUAAAGAGAAAGACCGAGAACUGCUUCCUUUCUCCAACAGCCCGGCCAGCGGACGUUCUAUACGUUCGCCCUCAUUUUCAGACUGAAUAUAUUGCUGGGAAACUCGUUACUGCUAGACCGAGGCAUCUUCAUACUGACAUAACGUUAUCCAGUUAGGUCAAACAUGGCUGGCCACUCUAAUCAUCAAAGAACAUGAACAAUCAAGCUGUUAAGGAUGUCCUCCCAUAGGAACAGGUGGCAAAAUCUAUAUUUUGACUAAGCCAACCCUGCACUUAUGCUGCCCAGACUGAACAAAUGAACCAAGUUUACAGUCCUUGCCAAUAAAAUACACAAUGUGGUUUCUCAAACAUUUGUAGCACAGGAAAAGUUGAACUUCCUCCCGGUAUUAUAUGUGCCAUAAAAACGCGUGGUUCUUCUAGUGAGAAGAUUUGUUUUGGGUCUCCGCCUUAGUCUGACACAUAUCAAUUAAUAAUCUUUUAGGAAAACAGAUUUUCAUUUUUCCCAGUUCUCUUCUUACCGCUGACUUGUUAUAACCAAAUUUCAGGAAGAAUAUUUUCCUCUGUGGCUUCAAUACACCGCUCUUUUCUCUCUUAUUAAUAUGAUUUUCUUCACAAAAUACACCAGUUACUAAUACAGGGCCUUUACACCUCUGAACACAUCAGAUGAACUGCCAGAAUAAAAUUAUUUUUAAGACUUUGAAGUAGAGUUUUCUAGCAACAUCAUGUGCCAAAACUGUGGUGAAGAUACCGUUUCCAGCAGUAGAUUAUAUAAUCAGCAGCACACCUCCUAUGGAGACAAUGUCUUGUUCUUAUAAAACCUAUUUUUCUCCUUUUUUAUGCUAGGUUCUUUCUUGCUUUAAAGGGAUACUGAUCCCAUUUUUUUUUCUUUUGUGAUUCAGAUAGAGCAUGCAAUUGUAAGCAUCUUUCUAAUGUACUCCUAUUAUCAAUUGUUCGUUCUCUUGGUAGCUUUAUUUUAAAAAGCAGGAAUGAAAGCUUAGGAACCGGCCCAUUUUUGGUUCAGCACCUGGGUAGUCCUUGCUGAUUGGUGGCUAAAUGCAGCCAACAAUCAGCAAGCACUACUCAGGGUUCUGAACCAAAGAUGGGCAGGCUCGUAAACUUACAUUCCUGCUUUUUAAAAUAUAGAUACAAAGAAAACAAAUGAAAUUGAUAAUAGGAGUAAAUUACAAAGUUGCUUGAAAUCGAAUUUCGCUAUCUGAAUCAUGAAAGAAACAAUUUGGGUUCAGUAUUCCUUUAAUUCCAUCCAAAAUUAGACUUCUAUAGAUUAUUUUACUACAGCUAAGAAUGGGGUUUUUUUUUUUUGUUUGUUUGUUUUUAGAACACUUUUAGCAAUAAAAUGUUCAAUAAAAAUAUUCUUUGAACAUAUUUUAGAAUGCAUUAUUUAUAUAAAACAUGGGCUUUACAGAAUGCAUUUGAUCAGUGAAGGUUUCAUAAAUAAACAUAUUUGUAGAUGACCAGUGACAACAUAUAUUCUAAUGAUUUGCUAUGUCCUAUAUAUGACCAUAACAGCUUAGCUAAUAAUGCGCAACAAUAAUAAUUCAAUCAGUUCAUAGAAGUGAUAUUCAAGUUUGACUCCAUAAAGUCUGUUUUUUCCUCAAGGAGUCACUAGAUAAAUAGUUUUCGCUAUAGAUUUUUUUUCAUACAUUUUUAUUUGAGUCUAAGCGGUAUCACUUCUUUUGAUAUAUAAUAAUCCUAUUACUUGAAUAAAACUGAAUGUGGUCCUCUAAAUUCAGCAACACUGAUAAAAACCACAUCAUGUGUUUUUCAUUACAUUUUUGUUUAUUCGUUCUAGAACCCUGUGUUUUAGGUACUUAUCAUCAGGACCCUUGCAGCGAUGCCUUGUGUCAUGCAAUUAGUGUAUCCUAUAGGAGCCUUCAAAUUCUGUUCCUCUUUUUUUUAUUAUUAUUAUACUUUAGGUGUAAUGUUAUAAAUAAUUAUGCCUGUUACCUAAAAAUGUGUUUUUAAACUUUUUUAUAGUUUUUUUUUUUUUUUUUGUAAAGUAACCUAUUUGUACUAUGAAAUGCACAAUUGAAAAUAAAACUGUUUUAUAAUA